AUGCGGUUGAACUUCAGUGAGCCGCCGACUCCGGCUUUGAGUCGCCAGAACACUUCGUUACACGGGCGGCAGCACAAGCGCCGGACGACACACCCGUAUCUUCUUUCCGCGCGAAAAAAGCCCAGACGUUGGCCACUCGCAUUUCGUUUCAUUAAGGGGGCUAUUCAUGCAGAGAUUUUGCUGCCACUGUUCCUGCAUGCUGUCUUUACAGCCUUUGUUGUCUAUCUCGAUAACUAUGUCUUCGACUCUGUCGGCCUACCGAGCAGCAUCAUCCCCUCCCUCUCCAUUGUCGUUGGUUUGAUCCUUGUGUUUCGAAACCAGACCUCUUAUAACCGAUUCUGGGAUGGCCGUAAUGCGAUGAGUACCAUGAACACCUGCGUGCGCAACCUGGUGCGGACCAUCACCACCAAUAGCUACAGCUCCACGCGCGGUCCGCCCGACGCUGCCGAGCGGGAGGAUAUCGAGCGUACCAUCCGAAUCCUGAUGGCUAUCCCCUACGCAGUGAAAAACAAUCUGCGGGCAGAAUGGGGUGCUGCCUGGUCGCUUGGCGCAUUAGGACAUGAGGUCGACGACAACGGCACCUCCGCCUAUAAUCCUGACUAUGCGGGCCUGUUGCCAGCUGGGCUAGAAGGGCACGAAGAUGAGGGAUUGGGGGUUCCUUAUCAAUUAACCUUCUUUAUAGACGGCUUCAUCAAGCGCGGCGAAGUGCGUGGCUGGUUUAAUGCACCUGGUGCGAGCCAGAUGCAGGCGCAGUUGAAUACACUUUUGGAUGCGUAUGGUAGAAUGGAGACUAUCAAGUUGACUCCAAUGCCGGUGGCACAUCUAAUUCAUCAGAAACAAGUUUUGGCCCUUUUCGGCUGCGUUCUCCCAUUUGCGAUGGUGGACGAGAUGGGCUGGUGGGCAAUUCCGAUAGUUUCCCUGGUUAUAUUCACUCUUUAUGGAAUCGAAGGGAUUGGCUCUCAGCUUGAAGACCCCUUCGGCUACGAUCGAAAUGACAUCAAGAUGGACGCGCUUGUUGGAGAUUCGAAGACGGAGAUUGAUGUCGUUCUAACAGAAUGGCGUGCGUAUUCGAAAUCUAUAGAAACCACAUGGAACGAGCGCGAGAGAGUCCAAGACCAUGGUGACAGAUGCCUCGAUGUCGAUCGCAAGCGUACCAGCAAUAGAUAUGAGCAAGGCGAGCAGAAGUAUAUGGCCACGGACAUGUUUUUGAAAUUGCGGCCAAGUACCUCAGACUAA